GGGUUCAUCUGCCUGGCUCUCCUCUCCUCAGCAGACUCUCUCCUCUCACACCACUUCUUUGACCAUGUCUGUCAGAGCUUUAAAGACCACCACCUUCUCCACUGUGUCCUCCUCUAGGGGCCCCUCUCAAGGCUUCAGCAGCCGCUCCUUCUCCGGCUACGGGGGGCACGGUGCGGGAAGUGGCAGGCAGAGCUAUGCUGUCCGCAGCUCCUACGGGGGAGUGGGCAGCAGUGGUGCAGCUGUGGGCGCCGGGGGGUUUAAAGUGGUUGGGGGUUAUGGUGCUGGGGGGUCCGGACAAAGAGGAGGUGGAGUAGAGUUUGGCUAUAUGGGCUUCGGUGGAGGUAUGGGAGGCGGUAUGGCCAACGACAUGAUGACCCCCAUCACUGCAGUGACUGUGAACAAGAGCCUGCUGGCCCCCCUGAACCUGGAGAUUGACCCCACUAUCCAAGCUGUCCGCACCCAGGAGAAGGAGCAGAUCAAGACCCUGAACAACCGCUUUGCAUCCUUCAUUGACAAGGUUCGCUUCCUGGAACAGCAGAACAAAAUGCUUGAGACCAAGUGGAAGCUUCUGCAGGAGCAGACCACGUCUCGCUCCAACGUCGAUGCCAUGUUUGAAGCCUACAUCGCCAACCUGCGCAAGCAGCUCGACAACCUGGGUCAUGAAAAAGUCAAACUGGAAUCAGACUUACAUCAAAUGACUGGUCUGGUGGAGGACUUCAAAACCAAGUAUGAGGAAGAGAUCAACAAGCGCAACGAGUGUGAGAACAACUUUGUUCUGACAAAGAAGGACACCGAUGCAGCCUACAUGAUCAAAGUGGAGCUGGAAGCCAAACUGGAUGGGCUCUCUGAUGAGAUCGAGUUCCUGAGGCAGCUCUAUGACACAGAAAUCCAGGAGCUGCAGGGCCAGAUCAAGGACACAUCUGUUGUGGUGGAGAUGGACAACAGCCGUAACCUGGACAUGGACGCCAUCGUUGCUGAAGUGCGCGCCCAGUACGAGGACAUCGCUAACCGGAGCAGAGCUGAGGCCGAGUCCUGGUACCAGAAUAAAUAUGCAGAGAUGCAGCAGUCAGCAGGAAGAUACGGUGAUGACGUGAAGUCAACCAAGGCUGAGAUUGCUGACAUGAACCGCAGGAUAAUGAGGCUCCAGUCUGAGAUUGACAUGGUUAAAGCGCAGAGAAAUAAUCUGGAGACUCAGAUCGCAGAGGCCGAGGAUCGAGGAGAGCUGGCGGUGAAGGAUGCUAAACUCCGCAUCAGAGAUCUGGAGGAGGCUCUGCAGAGAGCCAAGCAGGACAUGGCCCUGCAAGUCCGCCAGUACCAGGAACUGAUGAACGUGAAGCUGGCUCUGGACAUUGAGAUCGCAACCUACAGGAAACUGCUGGAAGGAGAGGAGGACAGGUUAGCCACAGGAAUCAAGACCACUGUAUCCAAGCAGACAUCUAUGAACUACAGCGCCUACGGCCUGGAGAGCUCCCGCACCCCUUCCUACGUCAGCUGCUCCUACGGUGGAGUCAGGACGAGCAGUGGCUCGGACGCUGCCCUCAGUGCCCUCGAAGGAGCCACAGUGAAGAGCACCACAGUCACCAAGACCGAAACUGUGGUGAUGAAGGCCGAGGAGAAGAAGAAGGAGGAGCAGCAGGAGGAGGAGAUGCAGGAGCAGCUUCAGGCAGCAACCGAGGAGCCAGCAGCAGAGGAGAAGAAGGAGGAGCAGGAGCAGGUGGAGGCUGAAGCUGUGGCUGAGGAGUGAUCAUUCCCCUGUAUUGUCAGUUUUAUGAUUUAGGUUUUGGAGGUUAAGAAUAAGUAAUUACACUCUCUCUGUUUUUCUAUCUAUUUCUUAGAUGAAUCAGUCAUUGAUAUACCUUUUUCUAAAGCACAUUUUAGCUGUAAAAGGUGUAAACACAACUUUCCUUCAGGUAUCCUUAAUAAAGAGGUGCUAACUUGCAACCUGCAUCAUUCCUUCUGUGACAAUUGCACCACACUUGGUUAGCCAGCAGGUGGCACUAUCACACCUGUUUUCCUCUGCUGCUCCAUCUUUUUUUUGACCAGCUCAUUUCACUUUCACCACAGCAACCUUUGCAUCACUACCUGCUGUUGUAAAACAUUGAUGUAAGAUGAACAUCAGUCAUGAAAGUCUUCAUAAUGUGAAGGGGUAAACACUUUUUGGUGCAAUACCUGCUGGCAACACCUGGAGUCCUGUUUGCUCAACAAUAAACUUUGUCAAAAAGUG